AUCCGCUUCCCGUUCGGGAUGUUCUGGCUGGAGUCGCGCCCGCUCCACGUAUUUCUGCCAUCUUGAGAGAAUACCGUCCGCGCCGGAUCACACGCCUAAAACCAUGAGAAGAUUGUGCGCACAAGAAGAGUAAAGCAAUGUGCUCCACGAAUCAUCCAGCCAACUGGGUUACAUUUGACGAUGAAGGGACGACCUUCUCCUCACCCCAGAAAUCCCCGCGCUCUCCUACAUCAAACUCGGGUUCAGUACCUCGGCCUAACGGGUUGAAACUUGUUCUGCCAUCCCUGGGAAGUGAAUCAUGGAGCUUCAGCUCUGCCAUCGAAUCCCCUUCCAUGGAUUUCAGCCUCAAUGGGAGUUCAUGUGUGCCCAGAAACACUCCUCUGCACACUCCGGCGGGUCUGUCUCCCUUACAUUACGCUCCUCAGGAGCAGCCGGACUUCUCCAGCGGUCUGUCCAGCUUCUCUCAGAGAGACUCCAUGAAGCUGCCUGAAGGCUCUGCUUCUCUCAAUGCAACCCGUGAUGAGCCAGGCCAUUUUAACCCCUUCUGGGGGGAAGCUGAGCACAAACGAGUGUCCUGGACCUCAUCGUCCGACUCAGACUCUGGACCCAGUUUGCCCCGUUUCUUCAUCCGUUCCAAGGACGGCAACGAGCCGCCCCAAGACCACCUUCAGUACUCCUACUCCUACAUAUGCCAUAAACUAGAACAGCUGAGAACAGAGGAGAACCAGCAGGAAGGUGAUGAUGGGAAACCAGAAAAGGAGAAGCAACCUUCAGGCUUAGGUGCUGUGAAAGAUCAAGCAAUGAACAGAACUCGGUCAGCCUUCGUCCCACAGGGAUUGUUCCUCAGUCAGAGGAGACACGGUUGGUCCUUGAUGCUUCGGAUCCCAGAGAAGAAGAACCGCAUGUCCUCGCGCCAGUGGGGUCCCAUAUACCUGCAGCUGCUGCCCGGAGCGCUGCUGCAGCUCUUUUAUGAGAAGGGCUUGGAGAAACCCUUCAAAGAGUUCCAGCUGCAUGCCUACUGCGCUCUCUCAGGUCCGAAGCUCGAGAGUUAUGGCGAGCCGCGCAAGAUCGCCACGCUGAAGGUCGAGCAUGUGUCGUACGUCGAGAGAAAGCGCUAUCACCCCAAACAUGAGGUGACCCACGAACCAGAAGUGGAGCAACUCUUGAAGUUCGGCACCACAGAAUACGGAGACAUGGAGGACUUGCUGGUGUCCAUAGAAGAAGAGCUCCUGCGAUUACCAGUGCCGCACCAGCAGCACAAACACUACGAAGAGCAGGAGCUGUCCUUGCAGAUAUCUGACCGCGUCUGGAUGCGGCAGAAUAAGGACGGCGCUGUUCUCGAGUGCACGGCCGUUACACAAAUUCACUGUCUCGCCUUCUUGAACGGGGCGGCGGAGUGCUUCCUAGCUCUGAAUGACCUGGGGCUUCUCAGACAAGCUCCUGCGUACGCCUCUGAUGAGGACGAGGAGGUCUGGAUGGCGAUCGCAGACUACCAUUUCCAUCGGUGUGUCAUAGAGGCAGAGUUUGUAGACAAGCGGCUGAUUAAGUUCUGUCCUCCGGACGCUUGUCGAGUGGAGCUGGUGCGCUACAGGACAGUGUCGCUCCACUGCGGGGAGCCCCCGCUCUCUGUUAAAGCCCUGGUGACUGUGCAGGGUGCCUGCAUCGAGCUCCAGGUCUUCCUCAACGUCUUGUCCAGGUUCCCAUCGCCUACAGAGACGGUCUGUGAAAACGUUGUACUUCAGGUGCCGUUCCCGGGCGACUGGGUCAAAGUGCCCAACAGCAUGUCGCUGCUGCGGCAGAAAUCUCUGAAGGUUCGCAUGAACAGAAACACGUGUCUGGGCUCAGCGCAUGUGGCCGAGUCUCAGUCUGUGAUGCACGUGUCUGUCGGCACGGUCAAAUAUGAGAACGUGCAUCGAGCCGUCGUGUGGAGAAUCGAGCGGCUUCCUCCCAAGAACAUGGGUAAGAAAACACAGCUCCCUAUUUGAAUAUCAGUGGUGGAUAUAUUAUAGGUUAAAGAAAAAUAUAUACAUUAUACACAGGACAUAAUCUUAUCUCAGUGAGGUAAAGUUUUUGAGUCAGGACCGCAGAUAGAAUCAGAUGACUGCACUGCAGACAUCAUAACAGUCCAAGGGGUUUUGACACUAAGGAAGGAAAUGAUGGGAAUAGUAAUAAUUAUUUGUUUAC